UCUGUUCUAAUAUGUAAGAAAUGUUGGAGUUUUUACCACAGUGGUGAAGUAACGAAAGACGAGGAUGGUUUAGAUGAACAAUGUCGAUGGUGUGGAGAAGGAGGAAAGCUGAUUGGCUGUGAUUAUUGUCAUAAUGUCUUCUGUAAAUCUUGUAUAUUGCGAAAUUUUGGUCGCUCCGAAUUAUCUGUUAUUUUAGAUGAUAGCGAUGACUGUGCUAAAUGGAAGUGCUAUGUUUGUGACAAAGACAAACUCAAGCCAUUGGUCAAUCAUUGUGACGAGCUGUUCAAAAAGGUAGCAGAAGACAGGAAAUCCAGGGAGGCAGCAGCAACAAGAGAUCAGAAGAAAAGUAACGGGGUCGAGAAAAAGUCAACAUCAGCUAAUAAUGUGAAAGCAGGCAAGAAAUCAAAGACCAAUUCUGGUUCCGAAUCAGAGUCGGAUUCUGAUUUUGAUUAUAAAAAAUCCAAGAAAGAUCUGAGAAAAGACCUACAAGCAGAGAAGGAAGCUAAGAAGAAUGCCAAGGAGCGAAGGAAAGCAAAAGAGGAGGCAGAUGAUGAUUCCGAUAGUGACAAAUCUCAAAAGGACAAAAGGGGGAAGAAAAAAGCUGCUGAGUCAGAUAGUGAGGAUUCUCAGAAGUCAAGAAAGGGAAAGGAAAAUGGAAAAGAUGCCAAACAGAGUAAGAAAAAAGGUGACGAAUCUGAAAGUGAAGAUUCUGAUCUUACGGAAAACGGCAAGAAAUUUGCUAGAAACGGCAAAGAUAAGAAAAAGAGUGAUUUGGAUGAUAGUGAUGAUUUAGACAAAGAAAUAGAUAGAUUAGAAAAAGGAAAUGAAACAUUAGAGAAGAAGGCGAAGAAAAAGAAAAAAGAGGAAGAGAAGGAUGACAAAAAGAAAGACAAAUCUAAUAAGGAAAAUGGCAAAAAAUCAAAAGAAAAAUCCAAAUCUAAAGGUACUGAUGAGUCUAGUAGUUCUGAUGAUGGUAAAGCCGAUCGAGAUCAAUCUGAUGAAGAUAGUGAUGAUGAAGUUACCAUCAAAAAUUGUCUACCGAUCCCGAAGUUAGAAGAAAGUCAAGAUGAGAAUGAACAAGCCAAGAAAGAUAUAUUAGCUGAUUUAGAUGAUGAUGAUGAUGAAAGUUCAUCAGUUGACGAGGAUUCCGAUGAUGUGCCAAAGAAGAAAUCAGGAAAGAAUAACAAAUCUAAAGCGAAAGCGGUAAAAGCAGAGGAUUGCUCCGAUUCUGAUUUUGAGCCAGUCAAAAAGAAACGAGUGAGAUCAAGUUUAUUGGAUGAGAAAAUAUUUGAAAGUGAUUCCGAUGAAGAUAAACCAAAGAAAAAAAGGAAACAGAAAGGAGGCAGUGACGAUGAUUUUGAUCCGGGGGAUGACUCUGAUGAUUCAGGUGUCAUUAAAAAAAAGAAGAAGAAGAAGAAAUCAAGUAGUAGUGAAGAAGAAAAUACAGACACUGAUGAAGAUAAUAAGAAAAAGAAACGUAAACGUAUAAAAAGACCGAAGAAUUCAUCUGAUGAAGAGGCAGAAGAAGAUGAUGAUGAUGAGAAAGAUUCUCCGACGAAAGGUGGACGUAAGAAGAUUCGUAAAGUUAUGUCUGAUAAAAAAGUUACAGAUGAAACCAAGGCAGCAGCAAAAGCUGAGGAAGACAGACGUAAAAGAGUUUCUGAAUUACAGAAGAAGUUUAAUAUUGUGACAAUUGAAGAUGAAUCAUCGCUAACUAAAUGUCCUAUAACAACUAAAUUAGUACUAGAAUCAGAUAAAGAUGGCAAUCCAUUGGUGGAAGUCGUUAAAUAUCUCAUUAAAAAAUUAAAACCACAUCAAGUUGAAGCUAUACAGUUUAUGUGGAGUUGUUGUAUAGAGUCAUUGAAACGGUUAAAGAAAGAGGAAGGCUCCGGUUGUAUUCUAGCUCACUGUAUGGGGCUUGGAAAAACCUUAUCUGUUGUAUCAUUUGUUCAUACUGUUUUAUCAGCAAGUGAAUACACGAACAUGCAUACAUGUCUUAUUGUCUCCCCUUUAAACACCGUACUCAACUGGAGGAACGAAUGUUCUAUGUGGUUACGAGAAAAAGAUCGUAUGGAUAUUUAUGAGUUAUCUAGUGUUAAAGACAACCAUGCUAGAUCAAGAUAUUUACGAGAGUGGCAGCGUGAUGGCGGUAUAUUAAUUAUAGGCUACGAAAUGUACAGAAAUCUCACGAAUACUGGAAGAGUUAGAAAUAAAAAAUUACGCAAAGUUUUCGAGGAAACACUUGUGAACCCUGGUCCAGAUUUAGUUGUCUGUGAUGAAGGACAUAUUUUAAAAAAUGAACAGUCAGCCAUUUCCCAAGCCAUGAACAAAAUUAAAACCAAGAGACGAAUAGUUUUAACUGGUACUCCCUUACAGAAUAAUCUCAAUGAAUACCAUUGUAUGUUGAGUUUUGUGAAGCCAAAAUUAUUAGGAACGAGAAAGGAAUUUUUAAAUAGAUUUGUAAAUCCUAUAACUAAUGGUCAGUGUUCUGAUUCUACUCAACAUGAUGUCCGUGUCAUGAAGAGAAGAGCCCAUGUUUUACAUGAAAUGUUAGCCGGUUGUGUCCAGAGAAAGGAUUAUUCAGCUUUAACCAAGUUUCUUCCACCCAAACUAGAAUAUGUGAUAUCCGUGCGUUUGGCACCUGUACAAAUGACUCUGUAUGAAAAAUACUUAGAAACCAGUGGUCAGGGGGUUGGUGGUACCAUUAUUACCAGGGGUGGAAGGCUGUUUCAGGAUUAUCAGGCUCUAUCAAAGAUAUGGACCCAUCCGUGGGUUCUUAAACUCUCUGAAAUUAGACAGGAAGCCAAGGCGAAGUACGAUGAUGAAGAGGACGAAGAAGAUGAAUUAUCCAACGAUUCUUUUAUUGAUGACAGUACGUCUGAUGAAGGCUCUAUGUCAACAGAUGACAAGAGUGAUGACAGUAUCAUCAUGAAGGGUGACAGUGAUAGUGAUGCCCCAAGGACAAGGCGUACAAGGGGGGCGGCCAAAAAAGACUCCAAAAAUAAAAAAGCCAAGGAAGAACAACCGAGUACAUCGAAGGGUAAGACAGAAGAAAAAGAUGAAGUGGUGAAUACAUGGAAAACACGAUCGCGAGGUGGAGGGGGUGACAAUGAUCGACUACUGCCUGGGUUAAAUGAACCUGAUACACCAGGACCUAUAAGUAAUGAAUGGUGGGCCGAGUAUCUGAAAGAAGAAGAUAAAUACAGAUUAGAACUGAGUGGAAAGUUGACUCUCUUGUUUAAAAUUCUACAGAUGUGUGAAGAAAUCGGUGAUAAAGUACUGGUAUUCAGUCAGUCGUUGCUAUCGUUAGAUAUUAUAGAAGAUUUUUUAGAUAGUAUCGACAGAAAGUUUCAAGAAGAAGCUGAGAAUAAAACAGAAGAGGAAAAGGUGAAUACAUUUGGUAAAUGUUGGACAAAAGGAGCAGAUUAUUUCCGUAUGGAUGGUUCAACAAGUGUAUCAUUACGUCAGUCAUGGGCAGAACAUUUCAACAACCCAGAAAACUACAGAGCUCGUUUAUUUGUGAUAUCAACUAAAGCUGGUGGUUUAGGUAUUAAUCUUGUUGGAGCUAAUCGUGCUAUUAUAUUUGAUGCAUCGUGGAACCCGUCACAUGACAUCCAGUCUAUAUUCAGGGUGUAUCGAUUUGGUCAGGUGAAACCAGUUUAUAUCUACAGAUUCUUAGCACAGGGCACAAUGGAAGAGAAGAUAUAUGAAAGACAGGUCACCAAACAAUCUUUAUCACAACGAGUGGUGGAUGAACAUCAAAUAGAACGCCAUUUUACAUCCAGUGAUUUACAAGCUCUGUAUGCUUUUACUCCAGAUAGACUAGAUGAUCCGAACCAUGUGGAAAAAACACCUGUUUUACCCAAGGAUACUCUAUUGGCUGAAUUAUUAAAGAAUCAGAAAGAUUGGAUUGUGUUUUACCAUGAACACGAUUCGUUACUUGAGAACAAGGUUGAUGAAAGUUUAACGGAGGAAGAGAGAAAGUCUGCCUGGGAAGAAUAUGAAGUAGAUAAAGAUCGUCAACCCGUUGUUAAUAGAGCUCCUAUGAUGAAUCCGAUGUAUAACAAUAUGAUGGGAGGAGCCUCGUAUAAUCCACAGAUGAACUCUAUUCAACAGAGAGCUUUUAGUGCUGAAAAUGUUUCACAAGUUGUUCAACUAGUCAGAAGCAAGUUCCCACAGUUAACAGGUGAUAUGUUCCAAGCCCAGGUACAGAAUAUAAUCAUGCAGCAGAUUAUACAAUAUCAACAACAACAAGAACAAGAGAUUGCAGCCAGACAAAGACAAGAGAUGGAAAGAUUACGAAUGAUACAGAGUCAAGUUGCGUCUCGUGAGAAACAGUACAACCAAGCUAACGCGUUCGGGGGACAACCGUGGGCAGGAGCUGGCAAUAAACUUAAUUACAGCAGUUUACUAGGUCAACCAGCCAGAUCCACGAUGGCUUCAUCAAACAUGGAGAAUAUAAUACGCGACAGCCUGACGACAAAGCCUACAGAAAAGACGCCCAGUAAAAAUCCUCCAACAGUCGUAGAUCUAUCGAAGUCUUGAUGCGGGAAUAAUAGGAAGUGUAAUUAUUAUGGGAGUAUGGUUAAGUUAAAUCGUGUUUUACCUAGUGGAUUGAAUACUGUAUAUAUUAGACAUUAGCGAUAGACAGAAGAGGGAAUAAAAGGACAAAGUGAUGGAAGGCAAAAUAAAUAAAUUAGAAACAAGCUGUUCAUGAAAAAUGUAUCCAAAGAAUCUUGUUUUUGAACAUUUUUACAGCAAAUUUCUGUGUAUUUGAUGUAUACCUUCUUGUAAAGAGGAGAGCUUAGCUCUAUAGUAAGCGGCCAUGGUUCAUUUGCGAUCAAACAAAACGAAACUGAUAUCGUAUGUGAACUGGUGUUAAAUACAUAUUUUUGACUGGAUUUAAGUUUCAUUGACUAAUUCAUGGGUGUCAUACUUCAAUCAUUUUCAUCACUUUAUGUUAAAAAUAGACAGAAUUGGUUAAUUGAAGGUGGGAAAGACACCCUCCCAUCCCCCCUAAUAAUUUUAGUCGGUGUUGUAUCUAGUCAUACAAUACACUAUCUGAGACAUUUUUUAACAGUGAUAGGUCAAGAUAAUCUGUAUAUUUACAUCAUUUUGUAUGUCGUAAUUAGUCAUACAUACAUAUGGUGUAUGAUCUUUUCUUGGUAAUUACAUAAAUUUAGUCAGUAAUAGUUAUUACCCACAGUAAAAGAAUUAUUUGGGAAUUUUGAAUAUGAUUCACCAAUAUCCAAUUAGGUAAUUCCUGAUUGGACGUUUGCCAACUUGCGUAGGACAUAUCUGGAAUAUCCGAGCGAAACAGCAUCCAUGAUGCAAACAUAAUUCUGAUGUUAAUUUAAAUAUUUUAAGAAAUAAAUAGAAAUAAUUUUUUUUAAGUGGGUACUUAUCCCUUACAGACAUUUAGUAACAGGAUAGAGCAAUAAACUAGAACAUAUGAAAAACAGCUACUGAUAUAAUUGGGCAAUGUUUCCAAGAGUAUUCUCUAAUUGUGCUAUGGAGUUACUACUAUUAACGAGAUAGAGCAAUACACUAUAACACAUAGUUAUUGAAAACAGCUACUAUUACAUUUGGGUAUUCUCUCAAUGUAGUAACUGUAAGUAUGUGUUUUAGUCUUUGUUAAUUGUGCCAUCCAAUUACUAAAUGUCUCUAAGUUUAACAUUCUCUAACAGAGAACUAUCUACUUUCAGAAUAGAUCUCUGCACUGAAUGACCGCCAUAUUCAAAAAUUAAUAUACUAUUUUGUUAUGCAGUUCUAAUCUGUUGAACAUUUUUCAUCUGCACACAGACUAAAUAAACAUGUUUGAUUUUAUUAAAUGGAAGCAGAAUAGAUAGUUUUCACAAUUCUCGAAGGAUACAUGUACUUAGUGUUUCGACAAGAUUUGUUCUCAAAUGGAGCUAAUUUUAACAGACAGCAUAAGUUUCAUAUGUAUGUUUAGUUUCAUGUGGAUAUUUCCAAAGAUUGCGGAAGUAGUCAACAUGUUUCUUUUUUAAAAUAGAAAGCAAUAUUUUGUUAUUAUUCGAUUGUAUGUGAAUAAGUGAAUAUGUAAAUUUUAAAUCUUUAGAAUCAAUAAUUGUAAUUUAGAGAAUAAUGUUUUUAUUUUUAUCAUUUUGUAUCAUUUCAUCCUGGAGGUCCAAUCUCAUUAUUUCCUGAUGGUUUAUUUGUUGAUAAAGAAUUCAUUUAUACAUUAUUACCGGAAAAUUUUCCUAAAUAUACGUAAAUUAUUGUGGGGAACUAAAUAUACACUAUUCCCCGCGAAUUUUCCUAAAUAUAGGUAAAUUAUUGUUGGAAAUUAUUCUAAAUAUACAUUAUUCCCGGAGAAUUUUCCUAAAUGUAAUUAAAUUAUUGUUGGAAAUUAAUCUAAAUAUACAUUAUUCCUGGAGAAUUUUCCUAAAUAUAAGUAAAUUAUUGUGGGGAAUCAAUCUAAAUAUACAUUAUUACAAGGGAAUUUUCCUUAAUGUAAGUAAAUUAUUGUGGGGAAUUAAUAUACAUUAAUACAGGGAAUUUUUCCUAAAUAUACGUAAACUAUUGAAAUAAAAUUGAACCAUGUGUUAGUCCUGAAAUGACCUAGUUUGUGUGGAGUGGAGGUUAAACCCCAUUUCUCUCUCUAUCUCUCUCUCUCUCUCUCUCUCCAAUAAUUGGGAAAAAUUACAGAAUAUGUCCACCAAUUGAAAUUGUUAUUAAAUAUUUAAUUUAACACAAAUAAUGGGCCAAUAUUAAUUAAAUAUUUAAUUUAACACAAAUAAUUGAAGGAGAUAACAGAAUAUAUCGACUAAUUGUUUCGAGCACAAUACCAAACCUGAGGUAAAAUUCAGUCUGAGCAGUGGACAGAUCCUAAAGUCUAACCAAUUAUAUCAAAAUUGUAGAGCUGAAUCAUUUAUGGGGUAAAUUUAUUUAGUUUCGAUUUAAGGUCAUCAUCGUUUUUUAACAAAUGUAUAUUAUUUUUGCCAUUAAAUGGUUGGUUGUGACGAUGUUGUGUCAAGUGAAUUUGUUGGUGUGAACCCUGCAGCACCUGGUACCCUGCCCAGUUCCAUGAAAAAAUUAAUGUAAAAAAAUGAUUUCUUUACAUUUAGUAACACAUUUUCAAAGCCCCAGUUUAGUUGCUCUUUUUCUGAACCACCAGAAACUAUUGCUCCCCAGACUACCUCAAACCAUUCGAGUUACAGAGCUAGUAUACUGUUGUCAAAUAGUUCACAGCUGUUCAUGUGAUUCAGAUGGUUUAGAAGCCGUAGCGAGACUGUCCGGGUAAAAUUUCAUUAGCCCAGUCUGAGUAGGACGUUAAGACUCCAUUUCAUGUGAUUCAGAUGGGUUAUGGCAAUAGUUUCGGGGGGGGGGGGGGGGGCAAGUGCUAAAGGGUUGAUGUAGGGAGCUUUCCAAAAUUUAUCCUAAUUGAAGGUUAAUUGUUCCAGUCCAAAUCUGUCUUUUAUUGUCCAUAUGUGAUAAUUGAUGCUACAAUAUGGUGUGCUGUGGGUAAACAAAUGGUGCUGUAAUUCAAGAAGGGUGGCUAUCACUGUGGACUGUUUGUAUGUUCGCUAUAAUCGUACCAGUGGAGCACUGGUAUAUGUUCUUUAACAUUGUAAGGUUGACAGGAUGCAUUAUGUAAAAACUAAAUCUGCCUAUUGCAGGUCUUUAUUUUGGCUAUAAUCAACUCUCUGUAACAUCGGAUAGUUGCAAUUUUUUAAAGGAUUGAAACCCGUUUAAUAAUUUAAUUGAAGAUGUCUAUUGACCAGCCUUUCAGAUUUGUUAUAUUUUGAAAGAUAGUUUUGAAUGUAUGUAUACAUCCAUGCUGAUUAGUUGAAUUGUGAUAUAUUUUUGCUGCUAAAUAAUGUGAACAUUGUUUUUUAUUCAGAUAUAAGCUUCUUGUACCAGUAUAUAGUAUGAUCAAAACCUAAAAAACCAAAGUCUUUAAUUAUGGAGAAUUCUAUUUUCUUAGAUUGUUUUCUUUUAAGGUGUGGUAUAUGCUACGCAUUUUUCCCCUAAAGAGUGUUACCAACUAGAAAUUGAGCUGUCAACGUCAAAUAACCUUGGUUGGCACUUGGAAAAAUCUCUUUUAAGUGAAAGUUUAUCCUGGAAAUGUUUACUGUUCUUGGUCAUCGUUUUGCUUUAGACAAGUUUUGCACACAAUUUCUACAAUAACGGGUAUUAAUAAGUAAAAUAUUUAGACUAUUGCACCAAUACCUGCUUUCAUUUCUGAAACAACUCGCAUUAAUUAUUGUAUUUAAUUAUUUUUAGAAAUUGUUGUUUGUGAUGCCUUAUUCAAACAUUUUUGACUAAAAUCAUGUUGAAUAUUUUAUAAAAGGUUAAUAAUUUCAACUGUCCACUAAUAUUGUGGUGAGUUCUCACUAGUUGGUUGAGAUUCAUCCUUCAAUUCUAAUUUAUUAAGCCCUGGGUCCAUUCACAGGGUUUUCACAAGUUCAAAUUAUCAGCCCUUGAUCAUAGGUUUACAUACCAGUCUAAACGUCAUUGGUUAUGUUCACCACAAUAAUUUUCAUUGCAAUACUUCCCUUAGCCAACUCGAUUGGUCAAUAAAAAUAGCACAAGUAUCAAGGGCGGAUAAUUUGACUUUCUCCCCCGUGAAUGGACCCACACAUUGGUACUAUGGCCUACUCUUAUAUUGAAUUCCAACUGUCAAAUGUUCUCUUAUGUACAUAGGACCUUGGGUUUUAGUUCAUACAAUGAAUUGUAUCAGUAGAGUUAUACUAUAUUUUCGGUGAAACGUUCUGUGAAUGUUUUCAUCCCAAUCUUCCAAUACUGUUUCCACCUCUUGUAAAGAUCUGACAGAAAAUAUGCCUUACAGAUAAUUAUAGACAUUUCUCUUGCUUGUGUUCAAUUCUGUUUCCAACUUGUGAGAAUUUUAGAACUAGGUUUACGCAAAUUUUAUUAUUGUAAUUAAGAGUAACAAUGUCCAAUUUUCAACUGCUAAAAGUAUAUUUAAAGUUUAUUAAAUUUCGUUGUUUGUAUUGAUGUCAUAUUCCACCAAUCAAUCGAUCAAUCAAUAUUGUCAUCUAUCAAUCAGUCACCAUGGUGUUUUGUAUCUUGUUUGUUUGUUUGUUGAUCGUGUUGUGAAUUAAAGCUGCUUCCAUAGACAAA